AUGGAUAGGAUGGAUUUGGAUGGUCAGACAGCCCCAGAAUCAACGCGUGGAUUAUUCGAUCUUCCGGAAAAAAUGUUGCAAUCAGACAGAACAGACAACCGUCGUUCAGCACAUCAAUUGCACACCUACCCAGCAACCAAUGAAACCAAGACAAUCCGCCAACGAAGCAAAUCCGCAAACUACUCAUCAUCCCUAUCUUCACACCAUCGAUCCUCUCUUCAUACCGUCAAUGAAGAAGGAAAGAAUUGCUCUUCUUCUAACAUCCUAUCACCACAGUCUCCAUGGAUUGGUCCCAGGCGAUCAAGCACCAAUCAUUUGUUGGACUCACACCAAUCAAUCUCACCAGAACCAUCUCGGCAACCAUACAGGCUCUCGCAAGAAUUAAAACCACAACACAACAAUAACAAUACCAGCAAUUCACACCAAAAGGAUUCUCUAGGGUCUAUCCAAAACCCUAUAAAAAGAUCCUCUGUCGUAUUCAAUAGCUUUCCUAUGACUCAAUCUAGUCAACCCCAAUACACCAGCCCCAGUACAAGCGCCAACCCAAACGCCAAAAACAACAAUAGGAAUAAUAGUCCUUUUAAUGUCAAUGGUCUGGCCAAUCAAUCCAAUAAUAGUCCUCCGACUACUUACGGAGACAGGAGUCUGGUAAACAGUCAUGCAAUCCCUAGGCACGCAAACGGAGACAGGCGUUCGGUACCAGUAGAAUACAACAAGAGAUCUUCAAAUGUCUGUCUUUAUGAAGAAGGGGAGUACAUCGCAGCUACCCCAAACACAAAUACAAACACAAGGGCAAAUGCCAGAGCAGAAACAGAAGCAAAACUCACGGGUGUUAGUCUAGCACGAGUCAAUCUACAAAGACAACAUCCAGACGGAGGGGAUGAUUAUCAAGCCAAUCAAGAACGACAAUACCAAAAUAAACAUCAGCCUCAGCCUCAGGCGCAGACGCAGGCGCAGACGCAGGCGCAGACGCAGGCGCAGGCGCAGGCACAGGCGCAGACGAAGCCACAACCGCAUCCACAUCCACAGCAGCAGAAUCAUUAUCAACAACAAAAUCAGCAGCAGCAGGAGCAGCAGGAGAAGAUCAUUCACAGCAGAUCUGUUUAUCCAAACCCUCUUUCUCCUCUUUCUCCUCAUCAUCCAUUUAUUCAUCACAAGGAAACCACAGAUUUACAAAAACACCAGUACCAAAAACACUAUCAACACCCCUCUGACCAAUCCCCAAAACAUGGGCGUAGAUUGUCAGAACCUAAUCCGAGGAAUUUCGAUCAAAAUGACAGGAGACUUAUAAGCAACAACAACAAUAAUAGUAGUAAUAGGCCUGUUUCUCUUCCAUGGUCAUCAUAUGUAAAUACACCUGAAAGCAAAAGACCCCUAGAGUCUGGGGAGAAAACUAAAGAAGAAGAGGAAGAAGACGAGGAAAAAGAUGAGGGGGCAGAAGUGGAGAUGGAGGUGGUGGGAUUGGGAUUGGGAUGGGGAUUGGGCUCAUUUCAAUCAAGGAACAAGUCUUUCAAACCGCCUCACCUAGCACUAGAUCUCAAGAAUAGUCGGCCCAGGCAAGGAGAUUGGAGACAAUCUACUUUAAUCAACAACACCUUGUCACCAAGCCCUUCACCACGGUCGUCUUGUCAGGGACCUGUUCCUGCCUUGGUUCCUGUUCCUUUUACUCCUACACACUUUAGUUUUUCACGGGAGGAAAACAAUCCUCAGAACCAACGCCGGGCGCUUUUUACGGCCCAUUUACCUUACUCAGGGGUAAUUCCUCUACUGAAAUCCCAUCAACUGGUGAGCGGGAUCAUGCGGGUCAACAAGCGCAAUCGGUCGGACGCAUAUGUGUUCUGCGAAGAGGUCAAUACCGAUAUCUAUAUCUGUGGCUCCCGAGACCGCAACCGGGCGCUGGAGGGAGAUACGGUGGCCGUCCGGCUCGUCCAGGUCGACAAGGUGAUGCGCGAAAAGCUCGAAAAGGAAGACGCCAAACUGGCCCGCAACAACGGCCAACCUGUGGUCCGCAAGCCAGACGAGGAAGACGAAAAGGAAAUCAUGUUUGCUGGUGAAGAUGAUGUGGAUAAAAUCAAGCCGCGUUUCUGUGGCGUUGUAGUGGCAAUCCUAGAAAGACUUCAGAACCAGGCCUUUUCAGGGACAUUGGGUGUAAUGAGACCAAGCAACAAACGCCAAAUCAAGGAGAACGGUGAGCCCCAGCACCAGCACCAAAAGCAACAACAGCAGGGUGAUUUCCAGGAUCAGCGCGAUUCAGGAUCAUUUCAGCCGACGCCUAGAAUUGUGUGGUUCAAACCAACCGACAAGCGGGUUCCUUUGAUUGCAAUUCCAGUAGAACAAGCCCCAGCAGAUUUUAUUGAAAACAGCCAAAGUUACAUCAACAGAUUGUUUCUAGGGUCUAUCAAACGCUGGCCAAUUACAUCAUUACAUCCAUUUGGUCUCUUGGAAGCAGAGUUGGGAUCCAUCAAUGCCCUGAGUGUACAGUUCCGAGCCAUUCUUGCCGACAACAAUUUCCCUUACAAUGGCUUUCCCGAGUCUUUGUUGAGAUGCCUACCCCCACCUGGCUGGAGGCCAUCCAAAGAAGACAUUCUAGAGAGACUUGAUCUACGAUCAGCUAGAUGUUUUACAAUAGAUAGUACUGGAGAUAAAGAUUUUGGAAAUGCCUUGUCUGUACAAAAGAUUGGCGAUGAAUUCGAGAUUGGAUUCCACGUCUCUGAUGUUUCUGCAUUCGUGAAACCACAUUCUUUAUUGGACAAAGAGGCAAGAUCAAGAUGCACUGGAGUAUUUGUCUAUGAAGAUGUUCCUCUCUGGCCACAGCAGCUCUUGACAGAGUGUACUGAUCUACUUCCUGGAAAAGACAGAUUUGCGUUUUCUGUAGUGUGGAAAUUGGACAAAAGCGGACAUGUACUUCACGAGUGGCACGGAAAGUCUACAAUAAGAUCGCGUGGGAUCUUGAAUUCUAAUCAAUUACAACACAUGUUGGAUGGAAAGGGUGUGCCAGAUCAUUUGAGCUUAGAAGAACACGAACGGCCAGAAGUAGUAGAGCAAGAGAUUCAUGUGCUCUACAACCUUGCCCAGGCCUUGAAGAAGAGCCGGACCAGCAGGGGGGCCAUGCUCCUAACCCUCGAGAGAUUUCAUGUGGACUUUGCAAAUGGUGAGCCGACCAAGGUAUCGAUGGUAAAGAAGGUCCCGGCAGACGAUAUCAUGAGUGAAUUCAUGGUCUUGGCCAACAUUGGUGUUGCACAAAAGAUUGCACAACAUUUUCCUGAACAAGCAAUGCUUCGAUCACAAUCGCCUCCAAAUGAACGCAAGCUGAGAGAACUUGCGAAUUAUGUUCGUAAACUCGGUUAUUCAAUAGACCCAUCAUCUACAAGUGCUCUCCAGCGCUCUGUGGAUGCAAUUGAUAAUCCUACUGCAAAAUUAGUCAUCACUAACCUUGUACUCAAGGCCACCCAGUCUUCCAAAUACUUUUGUGCGGGUUCUUUUGAGCCCAGUCGGCACCACCACUACGCUCUCGAUGAACCUGUCUACACCCAUUUUACCUCUCCUUCUCGUCGUUUUGCAGAUUUGAUUGUACACCGUCAGCUAGAGGCCGUUUUAGCAAAAGAACCCCGGUUUCACAUUGAGCCCGAGCUUUUGCAAAAGAUUGCUCAACACUGUAAUGUCAAGGCACAGGCAGCACGGAAUGCGCACGAGCAAUGCCAGCACCUUUUUCUCUCCAAAUUCCUCAAUGCAUCUGGCCAGACCUCGACACCGCACGAAGCAUUGGUCGUGGGUGUGCACGACCAAGCGUUUGAUGUCGUUGUGCCCGGAAUGGGACUCGAGCGCCGGAUCCACACAAUCAAUCUUCCUCUCAAUACUUACAAGCAUUCUCCGGCCGACGGGGUACUGCAUCUCUAUUGGAAGCCCAAGGUAGCCACAACUGACGCCAUUGUGGAGCGUGCGUACGAUGAAGAAGAAGAAGAAGAAAGAGGAAGUGGAAGUGGAAGUGGAAGUGGAAGUGGAAGUGUUGGAGCGGGAGAGCAUUAUUAUUAUAAUAGUAACCAUCAUCAUCAUCAUAAUGAUAAUAGUAAUAAUUAUCAGAUCCCUGACCAAUCUGUCACAACAAAUUCACUGUCCUCUUCCUCGUCUUCGUCUUCGUCCUCCUUUCCCCACUACAACCAGUGCCCAACGAAUGCCAAUCGUCUUACGGAGUCGGUGAAUCAACUUGCAAUAAAGUCCGGUAUAUCUCCGACAGAGCCCGUCGGAUCUAAUAAUCUGUGUAGCACUGCAGCUGCUGCCUCUGUUACUGGUGGUAGUGGUAGUGGUAGUGGUAGUGCUGGCACUGGUGUUGGUGCUGGUAGUACAGCAAAUCCUUCUGCCGGAAUUAAUGUGGCGGUCCACAGAAGACCGAGAUCCAUGUCACUUCGGGCAGUCCAAGGAGAGAAUCCACAGGAGAGCCAACAAGAGUGCACCAUUCCAGACGAGUGUCGCCAGGUCAUUCGACCCUUUGACUAUGUAAGGGUAGUCCUGAUCGCUGAUCCUCUCAGAAGUCCACCAUUGGUGCGCAUCUUGGCAGCAAAUCCAUUCGUAUAA